GUCAUAUUUAUAAAAAAGUUCCGAUCUUUAUCCGUUUCUUCUUCUUCUUCGUUUCUCUUUUUCCCAACUGAUCUCUAUCUCUCUAUUAUCGAUUGGUAAUAAUGGGGAAGACCAGUUCAUUCAAGAACGAGUUUACUUUUGAGCAAAGACUAGAAGAAUCCAAUGAUAUUAUUGCCAAAUACCCAGACCGAGUCCCUGUAAUUGUUGAGAGGUAUUGCAAAACUGAUCUUCCCGAAUUGGAAAAGAAAAAAUAUCUGGUUCCUCGCGAUAUGUCUGUUGGGCAGUUCAUACAUGUACUGAGCAGCAGGCUUCGAAUGGCACCUGGAAAAGCUCUUUUUGUGUUUGUCGAGAAUACCUUGCCACAAACAGCUACUCUAAUGAACUCUGUUUAUGAAUCCUUCAAGGACGGGGAUGGAUUUCUUUACAUGUGUUACAGCAGUGAGAAAACCUUUGGUCAUGCUACCAAUUUCUAUCUGUAAUCAUUUUACUCAGACGUUUAUGUACAGUACUACAAUUAUCUAUCAUGACAUUGCUGCGCGCAUUUGGUGUA